ACUCAGGCCGGUGGCAUCUUCGAAAAUGUUUUCUAAGCGACGGUACAGGGUAGCAGAAUAAUAUGGCGGUAUUGUUCGGCAGCCUAAUUUUGAGAGAAGACAAGCCCGUUCAGUGGAGGAAAAUAUUCUAAUAGUUCCCAUGCCCCACCAACGGAGGCGAUGUUUAGGGAGCCGUUCUUCUUUUCCAACCUCUCUUUCUCUCUCUUCCGUAUCUCUAUGGUCAAAAACUCGGCUCCCCACCCUUUUUUUUUUGAGCCAGAGAAAGCCCCGGAAGUCAAAGAAAACGGAUGAGACGGCGGCAAAAUGGCAGCUGCCGGCGGGGCAGCGAGUUCUGCAUCCGGAGCCCCAAUAUGCGUCCUGGUGCUGGGCAUGGCUGGUUCUGGCAAGACGGCGCUGGUGCAGAGGCUGAUUGCCUACCUGCAUAGUAAGAAUUCUCCUCCGUAUGUCAUCAAUCUGGAUCCCGCCGUUUACGAGCUGCCUUUCCAGGCCAAUAUCGAUAUCCGGGACACAGUGAAUUACAAAGAAGUCAUGAAGCAGUAUGUCCUAAUAGAUACACCUGGGCAGAUUGAAGUGUUUACUUGGUCUGCCUCUGGCACUAUCAUCACAGAAGCCCUGGCUUCCUCUUUCCCAUCGGUGGUGGUUUAUGUGAUGGACACAUCUCGCAGCACUAAUCCUGUCACCUUCAUGUCUAACAUGCUGUAUGCUUGCAGACAGACAUCAUUGACCAUAGCUUUGCACUUGAAUGGAUGCAGGACUUUGAUGCUUUUCAAGAUGCCCUCAGUCAGGAAACCAGCUAUGCCAGUAAUUUAACUCGGUCUAUGAGUCUUGUUUUAGAUGAGUUCUACAACACACUUCAGGUGGUGGGUGUUUCUGCUGUACAAGGAACAGGGAUGGAUGAAUUUUUUGAACAUUUAUCCAAAGCUGUUGAUGAAUAUGAAAGAGAAUAUCGACCAGAAUAUGAGCGCCUAAGAAAGCAAUUGGAAAGAGCUCAGAAGCAGCAGCAGGAAGAACAACUGAAAAGUUUACGGAGAGAUAUGGAGCCUGUUGCUAUGGAGAACAGCCCAGCGGUUUCAGGUACAUGAGUACCUCUACAGAGGCUGUCCCUGAAAAACAUUUGUAAGCUUCAGCUUGUACAGAAUAACUGCCAGAUAUAACAGAAUAAUAAGUGCACAUAACUGCCCAUUCCACUGGGCACUCCUAGAACAGCUUGUUACACCUCUACUCUGUGAGCUGCGUUGGCUGCCAGUUUGCUUCCAAGUCCAAUUCAAGGUGCCAUUUUUAACCUUUAAAGCCCCUAAUGGCAUGAGAUCAGGCUCUCUGAAGGACUGCCUCUCCCUGGUUAUAUCAGCCCUGCCCCCAGCAGAUCUGGCAUGUUGUGGGUCCUAUCAACUAAGGUCCCACUACAUUUGGUUGGCCCCAGGAGAUGUGCUAUCUCUGCCAUGGUGGCUGCCAUCCUUUCCCCCACCCCUUUUGAUAGGCCUCAAGAUCUCAUUAUGUUAUCAGGCCUGGGACUCCCAAGGUACAGGAGACUUGCCAAUAUGGUUCAAAUGUUGUGGUGGGCAUUUUUAUCCCUCUCAUCACCUACGGUUUGUAUCUUAUUCUUUAAUGAUACACUAUAUUGCCAAAAGUAUUUGCUCACCCAUCCAAAUAAUCAGAAUCAGG